CUGGGUUCCCUGGGCGCUGGGAGGGCGGGGGCUGGGAGCCCGGACGCCUGGGUUCCCUGGGCGCUGGGGAGCCCGGACGCCUGGGUUCCCUGGGCGCUAGCAGGGCGUUCCCCCCACACCCCCAAGGGGAAGCUGACUCCGAAAAGAGCCCCGGUGACUCAUCGCUUUGCCUGGGGCAGUUUCGGUUUCCCCGGGAACGAGGAACCGGCCCCCGCCCCCGCAGAUGGCAAGUGACCGACCCUCAGCCCUCCCUGGCGCCGCCCCCGAGAGCUCUCACAGCGCCGGGGAGCAGAUAAGGAGACACCAACCAGCCGGGAGACGAGCUAUCUGCACACAACAGAGGGGAAACUGAGGCACACAGCCAGGGAGAAACUUAACUGCAGUCACGUGGUGGCCAUGAUGGCCCCCCAAGAUUUCCAAACCUUCGUCUUCUUCGACCUGGAGACCACCGGCCUGCCCCCGGACCGCCCCCGCAUCACGGAGCUGUCUCUCUUCGCCCUGCACCGCCACUCCCUCCUGCAGUGCCCGCCGCAGGACGCCCCCGCCCCCCGGCUGCCCCGCGUCCUGGACCAGCUCACCCUGUGCAUCGACCCCCAACAGCCCUUCACCCCGGAAGCCGCCCGCAUCACGGGACUGAGCCAGCAGGACCUGGAGGAGAACGGGAAGCGGGGCCUGGACCGGGCCGUGGCUCAGGCCCUGGGCGGGUUCCUAGCCCGCCAAGCCCCCCCGCUCUGCCUGGUGGCCCACAACGGCUGGAGCUACGACUUCCCCCUGCUGCGGACGGAGCUGGCGCGCGUUGGGGCCGAGCUGCCCCCCGCCACCGGCUGCCUGGACACACUGCAGGCCAUGAAGGAGCUGGGUCUGGGGGGUCAGGGGGGGUACAGCCUGGGGGCGCUCUUCCGGGGGCUCUUCGGGAGGGACCCCGACGGGGCCCACUCGGCUGAGGGAGACGUCCGCACCCUUAUCGCCAUCUUCCUCGCCAGGGCGCCACAGUUGAUGAGCUGGGCGGCGGGGAAGGCCCGGGCCUGGGGGGACGUGACCCCCAUGUACCUCCCCACCACGCAGUGAGCGUCUUGGACUGGGAGGGGAGUGGGGUCGGAGCCAGGAUGCCUGGGUUCUCUCCCCGGCUCUGGGAGGGGAGGGGGUCUGGUGGUUAGAGCAGUGGGAGCUGGGAACCAGGACACCUGGGUUCUCUCUCUGG